UGAAUCAUUAACCACUUUCUAUACAGUAUGCAAAUCAGGCAGAACGUCUUCUCUUGGGCUGUUUUCAUUAUUUCCUGGCUCAUCCUCAGAACAUGGUCAAGACAUAUCUUGCAAGGACAAUACCCAUUCUAGAGAAUGGACAAAAAUGACACCAGAGAAUGCAUGAAGCUACCUGACCACCUGGAAAAAUAUUACCUUACCACCAUGUACUCUCUUGAAUUCAUCUUUGGUUUCACUGUAAAUGUUGUUGUUGGUUUGGGUUCACUUUUCUACUGGAAGACCUGGAAAAGUAGCAACAUCUACUUGAUCAACUUAAUCCUGUCAGAUUUAUCUUUCCUUUGCACGCUCCCAUGGCUUGUGUCAAGUUAUUCCAAAGGAACAGAGGAGAACAUUUGGUGCCAAUUUAACAGAACUAUCCUAUUCUUUAAUUUGUACACAAGCAUCCUUUUCAUGACAUUUAUAAGUAUUGACAGGUAUCUGCUCAUGAAGUAUCCCUUCAAAAAUCACUUUCUGCAGAAGAGAGCCACGGCUAUUGUUUUCUCAGUAGCCAUAUGGAUCUGGAUUAUGUUGGAACUGUGUCCUAUAUACUACUUCAUCACCUCUAAGAAUAACAGCAACAGUAGCCAAUGUUUAGAUUACGCAAGUUCAGGAGAUGCACACUACAGCCUGAUCUACAGCCUGAUCUUAACAGUCACUGGGUAUAUAAUCCCAUUGUGCAUUAUGUGGGUUUUCUACAUAAAGACUCGUGCUCUCCUUGUAAACCACAGUUUGCAGUUCACCACCGCUCUGUCCCUUGAGAAGCCUCUUGUGCUAAUCAUUAUGGCAGUGAGUAUCUUCUCACUUCUCUUUUCUCCCUAUCACAUCAUGCGCAAUGUUAGAAUUGCCUCCCGAACAUGGUUCUGGGAGCCUUCCAAAUGCACAGAGAACCUGAUUAAAGCUCUUUACACAAUAACAAGACCUAUUGCCUUCUUGAACAGUGUAAUUAAUCCCUUCUUUUAUUUCUUAAUGGGGGAUCAAUUCAGGGAGACGCUCACAAUCAAUGUAAGGCAUUUCUUAAAAAGAGUUCUUCCUUGCUAUAAAUGAAGUUUCAAUGAAGUCUUUGGAGAGAUAUGGAAAUUGCUAGUUUAUGGGAUGCAAGAUACAAUUUUACUAAGAAUUUGGCAAUUGUCUAUGAACUCAAGUGGAUUCUAAAUGUGGACAUCAAAUCCUGUAGUUUUCUUCAAGUAUUUCAUCCCAGCUUGAAGUACUAUGGCACACGUUUGGAUCUUGUUAGGUGGAUAAAAGGCCAGAUAGUAUCUGAAGCUUAAAGUGACUUUCAUCAGUUUUGUGUGGUGGAUCAGCAACUUCCUUUUUCAGAAAGACGUACACUUGAAAUGGUGUUCCAUACUAGCUGAAUUGCAUACCAAGAUGGAUUACUGGACUAUGUUGUAUUGCAUGUGGACUUCCUCUGAAAAGAAAGCAAAACUCGUGCCUAAUAUAACUGCCACUGUUAAGUAGAAUGGUAGCAUUUUAAAAAUCCUUACUCAUGGAGAUUGGGUCUUAAGUGGGAAAUUGCUGAUUGCUAAAGAGAGGUUUGUAUGGUGAAAAACGGGAUACCAUUUCAAGUAUUUAAGUGUAUAAAUGCAAGAGUAUUAGACUAUGGGAGAAAUUCUUCAAAUUUCUUUGAAAUAAGAGUUAAAGCAAAUUCUCUUUCAUCCAAUUGAAUUUUGAAUAUUGAUGGAGAAAAAAACCCAGGAGGCUGUGCACUAAUUUAGCCUUUAAAAUGCUAAAUGAAUUAGAACGAGCUAUCUAAAAACUUUCAUCAUAUACCUCUCAAUCAACUUAACCCCCUGAGUAUUGUUUGAGGAUUAGACAAGCAAUUACUGAAAAGAAGGAUUUUUCUAUGAUGUACAGAAUUUAGUGACCCUUUAUAGACAUGAGAAGUGCCAUUACUGUAUUUUUUUUAUGUUAAGCAAAUGACUUUUCAUAAU